UUUUCUCCGCCGUACUGUCGCUGUAUAAUUAAGUGCCAACCCGUGAGACCAAACCACCACCUUUACUCUCUAUCGCCUCGCACACACACUCACUUUCCGUCACCGUCAUUAUUAUGUGCAUAUAUAAUUCAAUAAUUCCCUGGUAAUUGCUCAGAGAUCCGAGCCUUUUGGAUUCUGGAGGCAUUAUUAUGUGCAUAUAUAACUCAAUCAUUCCCGAGUAAUUGCUCAGAGAUCCGAGCCUGUCGGAGUUUGGUGGCCCAUUCGCACUUGAUAUAAGAAAUUGCUUUUUGGUUUGGACUGGAAGGAGUAUUCUUGUUCACAGAAGCUUCUUGCAACCAAAGAUUGAGCAGAAGAGAACCCAAUCCCUUUGAUGAAAUCUGGAUGACUUUGAGUUUGUAUAUUUGUGUGCACCAAGGAUGAAAGGAGGCUUGUCUGGACUGAGGAAUCAACAUGUCUCUCUCCUCCUCAUUGCUCUUGUAUGUGCCACUGUUGUUGUAUGGACUUGGGAAAAAACCCCAAUUCUCACCUCCAUAUCUCCGCCUCAGAGUCAUGUGUUGCAGCUGUUUCCAGGGCCUCCAGAUGGAGAAAUAAUAGACAAACAAGAUUUAGAAGUACAAACCAGUUCAAACCAAUUGGAAGUGCCAGUGAAUUCCACCAACACAAGCUCUUCUGUGAGAAAGGAAGAGAAUGAAAAUCCAAUGACUCUUCUGACCAAAGAGCAGGUAAUUUCCACUAACGUAACUGAGGUCUCAAAUAUCAAACAAGUUUCAGAGCAAAAGAAUAGUUCGAAACAAGCAGAAAAGGAUCUAGUUACAUCAAGGAGUUUUGCCAGCAUUGAUUCUUCCGUUAAAGGAGAAUACAGCGACAAUUUGACGACUCAUGUGGAAAAGCAAGCCUGUAAUUAUGGAAAAGGAAAGUGGGUCAUGGAUGAUAGUAGGCCAUUGUAUUCUGGAUUUGGUUGUAAACAAUGGCUGUCAUCGAUGUGGGCUUGCCACCUGACACAGCGCAAUGAUUUUGAAUAUGAGAAAUUGCGGUGGAGACCAAAAGAUUGUGAAAUGGAAGAUUUUACAGGUGCUAAGUUCCUGAGAAGGAUGCAGGAUAAAACUCUAGCUUUUAUUGGUGAUUCAUUGGGACGACAGCAGUUCCAGUCACUAAUGUGCAUGAUCACGGGUGGUGAAGAGAGGGCUGAUGUUCUAGAUGUUGGAAAGGAGUACGGUCUUGCAAAAGCUCGUGGCGCUGUACGCCCAGAUGGAUGGGCUUAUUGGUUCCCAACUACUAAUACUACCAUAUUGUAUUAUUGGUCUGCAAGCCUCUGUGACUUGGAGCCCCUUAAUAUGACUAACCCAGACACAGAUUUUGCCAUGCACCUUGAUAGGCCACCAGCAUUUUUGCGCCGUUUCCUUCACAAAUUUGAUGUCCUCAUUCUCAAUACUGGACACCAUUGGAAUAGAGGGAAACUUAAGGCUAACCGUUGGGUCAUGUAUGUAGGGGGUGUGCCUAAUAGCAAUAGGAAAAUUGCAGAUAUAGCAGGCGCCAAAAACUUUACAAUUCAUAGUAUUGUCAGUUGGGUAAACUCACAGCUACCAAAAUAUCCGGGUUUGAAAGCAUUCUACCGGUCUAUCUCACCCAGGCAUUUCUUUAAUGGAGAUUGGAACACUGGAGGUACCUGUGAUAAUACCACCCCACUCUCUGAUGGGAAGGAAGUUCUACACGACGAAUCUAGUGAUCCUCUUACUGCAGAGGCAGUGAAAGGAACACACGUUAAGCUCUUGGAUAUUACAGCUCUAUCUCAGCUGAGAGAUGAGGGUCAUAUAUCUCGAUACAGCAUUAAAGCCACACCAGGAGUACAGGAUUGCUUGCAUUGGUGCUUACCUGGUGUUCCGGAUACAUGGAAUGAGAUUGUUUUUGCACAGCUGUAGUUCAACAAAGCUGGCAUUUAGUUUCAAACUCUUACGAUAUGUCUUGAAAAGAUGGGAUUCCCUCUUAAAUAUAUUUAUUUCAAAAUGUUGUUUGGACUGAUGCAAGUGUCCUUUUUCAUGUAUAUUAUUAAUUAUUUUU